AUGGGAUCAAUUCAAGGAUCAAUCAGAACUUGGACUUUUAACGUGCGAAAACGUCGAGCAAAUUCUGCUGAGUACCAGCUCAGAAUCUUUUGUCUCAUCCGAGAGAGUGCUAUAUUUGAUGAAUACGGAAUCACUCGCUUAAUUACUCACAACACAUCAUUUUCAAAAACGAGUUCACGGGGUCAAAGGUCACGGCGUUACUGGCUUCAUAUACUUAGUGACAUGAACGCUCGUACCUCAAAUUUGCAUAUCAUAUCCGAGCCGCUAAAUGAUCGCAUUAAGAAGACUAAACCUCGUUAUCUAUUCAAAAUUUCAUAUUAG